AUGUACGUACGCGCGCAGACACGACGCGGUGAACCAAAGGGGCAAAAAGAAGCACAGCCCACCAUGGACGGUGGUGACUCGGUCUUCUAUGAGGACGCAGUGCUCUGUUCGGAUGAGGAAGAAGUGAAGGAUGACACACCGCAGGCUACCCUAAAGCUGCUCGCUGACUUUCCCGAGCCCCUUACCGAGCCUCAACGACGCGCCGUCCAACGCUACGUCUCGCAGAAAGUCCGCGAGUAUGAGGUGGUGCGGUACCAAGUGGCAGUUGUAGAGAAGGGGUACCUGGCCUUGCUGCGCCUCGUGAAGCGACUGCGGCGGGAAGUGGCUGAGCUUACAGCGAGCCUCACUGAGGGCGUAAACACAUCGGAUGCCUCGACCCCCACAGCUGCUGCGUCCGUCUCAAUAUCGCCCGCAGCCCCCACGGCUGCAACCUCGGCCGUCUCCGCUACGAAGGAGGGAACCACUGCCGCGAAGCGCCGCUCAGUCGGGUUGCUACUCCGCUCCUCCGUCUUCAGCAGCCUUCAGCGGGUGCUCCAGGCGGCCCAGACGGAGCAGCUUGAUGAGAAAGCGGAACAGCUGGCGAGGCAGCGUGAGAGGAUCGCUCGCGAGUCCCGUCUCCACCUCGUCAGCCAGGACCUGGUGUCACAGGAAGCCCUGCUGGAGCCGCUGCAGCGCAAGUACGCACGCGCCGUUGCGCUGGGCGCAGCCGCUGCAGAGGAAGUGACACCCCUGUUGACGCUGCUGGAGGACAUGUGGCGGCUCGAGGCACUGUACCCCUCUCGCUUCUCCAUGGUUGCCAGAGGCACGCUACAGCUACUCCUAGGAGACGGCACACACGAAGGGGAAGGCAACAGAGCAGAAGAGGAGGUGUUAGUCGACCCAGACGACGACGCCGGUCGCACGGCAGCACGCUCAGCGGCUGCCGUAUCAUUUUUGGUGCCCUUUACCCCUGCCCAGUACACCCCCGACAUCGAGGACCUCGUGCGUGCCCAGGUAGAGGUGGUGAUCGACGAGUAUCUAGCCUACCGCACCCGUAUGGACCCGGUGCUUUACCAGCUAGAGCAGUCGCAGCAGCUGGCCAAGGCGAAGAAGGUGGAUCAGCUCAUGGACGCCAUCGGCAUUGCUGGUACGGAGUCUGGCAUCGAGGUGCUACCUAUGGGUAGCGCGGCCGCAGUGCUGCACGAUGAGCGCGGUGGUGUGUUGGUCAAGACACCGCAGCACAUGAUGGACAUCUCGUCCGACGACGAGGAUGACGAUCAGGCCCACACAGGCGUAACGAUCGGCGGCGGCGCGGCAGACGCGGACCGCCACGACAGAGAGCAGAUCCAGACGGCGCUUACGGCGCUCGAUGACUUCGAGGACACGUAA